AUGCAUGUCUGUCUCUCUCUGCCAAGGACCCGUGUGGACCGCAGCUCACGUUUGGUCAUGGGGCCGGUGCCGUGUGUGUCUCUGAACACCGGGGCCCAGAUGCCACUGCUGGGUCUGGGGACAUACAAGUUGGUGGGGGCCCAGACGGUGCUGCAGGCCGUGGACGCCGCUCUUGCUGCUGGAUACCGCUCCUUUGACACGGCGGCGGUUUAUCGUAACGAGGCCGAUGUGGGACGAGCCCUGAAGGAGCUUAUGCCCAAAUAUGGGCUCAGCAGAGAGGAUGUGUUCAUAACUAGUAAGCUGGGGCCUAAAGACCAGGGUGCGGGGGCCAUGGCUGCAGCUCUGCACAGUCUGUCAGAGUUGGACCUGGACUGGAUCGACCUGUACCUGAUCCACUGGCCUGGGACUCAGGGCCUGGAGGUGUCGGACCACAGGAACCCUGAGAACAGACCAGUGAGUUGGUCUGCGCUGGAGCAGCUGCAGAUUCAGGGGAAACUAAAGGCCAUCGGAGUCUCCAACUACACCCCCCACCACCUGAGGGCGCUGCUGAGGGACUGCACUGUGGUCCCCGCCCUGCUCCAGGUAGAGUUCCACCCUCGCCUGCCUCAGGUCCAGUUGCGGUCCCUGUGUGCUGAGGAGGGGGUGGUGUUCCAGGCGUACUCAUCUCUGGGCAGAGGAGAGCUGUGUUCUGACCCUGUGGUGCUGCAGGUGUCUGAGGCCUGCGAGCGCACUCCUGCACAGGUGUUGCUGCGUUGGGCUGUGCAGCAGGACAUUGGUGUCUUGCCAAAGUCCUCGUGUCCUGAGAGGAUUCGCACCAACGCCUCCAUUUUCGACUUCAGCCUUAGUUCUUGA